AGGCAUUUAUCUGGGAAACAGGAGACAGAGGCACCUGCUUUAUGUAAUUGAUAUCCUGGGGAAUUAUUGUGUACAAUAAUCAAGAAAAAUCUACAUUUCUAAUUCUAUUAUGUGGCAAAAGAACCUUUCUUUUUUCUGCCUGCAUAAAACAAACCCCACUUCCACAUGGAAUAAGCUCCAGACCAUGUUUUCUAUUAUGCUUGAAUAUAUGGGACAUGCAUUGCAAUCCUAUGCUUGCCACACUGCUGCAGUAUACUUGUUUUGCAGAGCUCUGUAGCAGGCUAGUCAAAGCUGUGACUAACCAGACCCUUGGAUACAUACUCUAAUCUCUGGCCUUUAUUUUUACAAUGAAUUUGAUUUGUUCAUUGAUUGUAUUUUUUUCUGAUUUGUGAGAAGCUUCAUGCUCUGUGUUUGGAUGCUGACUGCAAUACAGCAAUAGUCUUUGAUACGAGUCACAGUGUACACUCUGUGGGGAGCCUGAAGAUUUGGAUUCUCUAACAGGGCAUGCAUUUCCAGAGCUGCAAGUGUUAUGGGCAUGUUGAGAACUUCCAGAAGCUGGAUUAAAGCAUCUCUUUUACAAUGAUAUCUAAUCUCAUCCUAAAGCUCCAAGCAAUGGCGAGUCCACCAGCUCCCCUGAAGAAGAGGGUGGCGAUCUGCUCAAGUCGAGCUUCAGUUUUCCAGGGACGCCAGAGGAGGAGCUAGACCAGCAGUACUCAUGGUCGCCUUCUCAGCACUUCAAUGAAGAAAGAUACUCUCCUGCUCCGAGGAAUAUGAAAGGAUUAUCUGGUAGUCGCAAUCAACCACAGUUAUGUUCAGCUCAUACUUGUGGCUUAGCAUCCCCUGAAGAUUGUGAACAUACCCACGACCAUAUCCACCAUGGGCAGGAGCCAAGGCCGUCGUAUCUUCUCAGCCCCACGGAGAGUUGCCCGCUGGACCACCAUCGUUGCUCCCCACGCAGCUCCAUCCAUUCUGAGUGCAUGAUGAUGCCCAUGGUAAUGGGCGAUCACAUGUCAAGUAGCACUUUCCCCAGAAUGCACUACAGCUCUCAUUACGACUCCAGAGACGACUGCGCCAUGUCUCACGGUAACCCUAAGAUUAACCGUAUUCCUGCAAAUCUUUUGGACCAAUUUGAGAAACAACUUCCUCUCCACCGGGAUGGCUUUCAUACUUUACAGUACCAGCGGACCUCAACAGCUGCGGAACAACGCAGCGAGAGCCCGGGAAGGAUACGCCAUCUCGUUCAUUCCGUCCAGAAACUUUUUACUAAAUCUCAUUCUCUGGAAGGAUCAUCCAAGGGCAAUGUUAAUGGAACAAAGGGAGACAGUCGAGGGGACGAUCAUCAUCACGGGCACCAUUCCAAGCAUAGCAAAAGGAGUAAAAGUAAGGAGCGAAAACCAGAAAGCAAGCAUAAAUCUGGAAUGAGUAGCUGGUGGAGCUCUGAUGAUAAUUUGGACAGUGAUAGCACUUACCGAACCCCUAGUGUGGUAAAUAGGCACCAUGCAGAUCAUAUAUCCCAUUGCUACCCUGAGGCACUCCAGGGGCAUUUUGGGGAUCUCUCAUUGAAGACUUCCAAAAGUAACAAUGAUGUGAAGUGUUCGGCUUGCGAAGGGCUACCAAUGACCCCUGAUAGUAAAUACAUGAAAAGGAGUUCUUGGUCCACGCUUACAGUAAGUCAGGCUAAAGAAGCUUAUCGCAAAUCAUCACUGAACUUAGAUAAGCCUCUGGUUCAUCAGGAAAUCAAACCUUCCUUGAGGCCGUGCCAUUACCUUCAGGUACCUCAGGAUGAAUGGGGAGGAUACCCAGCUGGUGGGAAAGAUGAAGAGAUCCCGUGCAGAAGAAUGAGAAGUGGGAGCUAUAUUAAGGCCAUGGGAGAUGAAGAAAGUGGAGAUUCUGAUACUAGCCCCAAGACAUCGCCAAAAUUAUCAGUUCGACCAGAGUCAUUAUUAAAAUCCAUUGGGCAAAGACCACUCGGAGAUCAUCAAAAUCAGAGCUACCUUCAAACCGCAAGUGACGUGCCUGGGGGUCACAACCUGGAUCCCUCCGCAAACUACAAUUCCCCAAAGUUUCGCUCAAGGAAUCAGAGCUAUAUGAGAGCAGUGAGCACGCUCAGUCAGGCCAGCUGUGUUAGUCAGAUGAGUGAAGCAGAGGUUAAUGGACAGUUUGAAUCGGUGUGUGAAUCAGUGUUUAGUGAAGUUGAAGCUCAGGCAAUGGAUGCCCUUGACCUCCCUGGAUGUUUCCGAACAAGAAGCCACAGUUACUUGCGUGCCAUUCAGGCAGGCUAUUCCCAAGAUGAUGAAUGUAUACCUGCGCUGACAUCUUCCAACAUCACCUCAACCAUCAGGUCAACCACAGCUGUAACUUAUACAAGUUACAAAAAAACGCCACCACCAGUACCCCCUCGUACCACUUCCAAGCCACUGAUCUCCGUCACGGCACAGAGCAGCACGGAAUCCACGCAGGACGCGUAUCAUGACAGCCGGACUCAGAGGAUAUCCCCAUGGCCACAGGACGGGCGAGGGAUGUACAACUCCACCGACAGCCUGGACAGCAACAAGGCCAUGAACCUCGCCCUGGAGACAGCGGCGGCGCAGCGCCACGCGGCCGACAGCCAGAGCACCUCCAUACGCACCAGCGACAAGGCCAUCCUAGUGACAAAAGCAGAGGAGUUUCUCAAGAGUCGACGCUCCUCCAUAGGGAUCCAGGUGGAAACAGCAACUGAUUCAGAUACUGAAAGCAGAGGCCUACGGGAAUACCACUCCGUUGGAAUACAAGUGGAAGAUGAAAAACGACAUGGACGAUUUAAGCGCUCAAACAGUGUAACAGCAGCUGUCCAAGCUGACCUGGAACUGGAGGGUUUUCCAGGACACAUCACCAUGGAGGAUAAGGGACUUCAGUUUGGCUCGUCAUUCCAGCAGCACUCGGAGCCCAGCACACCCACCCAAUAUAGUGCAGUGAGAACUGUACGGACACAGGGACUGUUCAGUUACAGAGAAGAUUAUAGGACCCCAGUUGACACCUCAAACCUUCCACCACCAGAACCCUGGCUAGAGCCAGCCAUUGAGACAGUAGAGACUGGUCGGAUGUCUCCUUGUCGACGGGACGGAUCUUGGUUUAUGAAGUUACUACACACUGAAACUAAGAGAAUGGAAGGAUGGUGCAAAGAAAUGGAAAGAGAAGCAGAAGAAAAUGAUCUUUCUGAAGAAAUCCUAGGUAAGAUCCGAAGUGCUGUUGGAAGUGCUCAGCUCCUCAUGUCUCAGAAAUUCCAGCAAUUUUAUUGGCUUUGUCAGCAAAAUCUGGACCCGAGUGCCAUGCCAAGGCCAACUUCCCAGGACCUUGCAGGUUUCUGGGACUUACUGCAGCUCUCAAUUGAAGACGUCAGCAUGAAGUUUGAUGAACUGCACCAGUUGAAGCUCAAUGAAUGGAAAAUAAUAGAAUCACCUGAAAGGAAGCCAACGGGUUGGUGGACGGAAGAAAGAAAGAUUCCUCCUCCUGUACCAAAGAAGCCCCCAAAAGGAAAAUUCCCUAUCACAAGAGAAAAAUCCCUGGACCUACCUGACAGACAACGGCAAGAAGCUAGAAGACGGCUGAUGGCUGCCAAGCGAGCAGCCUCUUUCCGGCAGAAUUCAGCCACAGAGCGUGCAGACAGCAUUGAGAUCUAUAUCCCAGAGGCUCAAACCCGGCUUUAAAGACAGAAUGCUGCAGAGUCCCUUUUUUUAAACAAAAUGCUUGUACAGUUUGUCACUUACCUGGUAAUUUUUGUCUCAUUCUCUCCACUAAAUAUGCCCUUGAUGUUGUGUUCUUUGUGCCAUAAGCACAGUGGAAUGCUUUUGAUUUCCUCAGAAUUUGCUGAGCUCACCGCAAGAACGACUUCUUUUUGUAUUUAUUGUCUGACUUACAAUCAGCUACAAUGGAUAGGGCUUGUCAAGACCUGACUUAUCCAAUAUAUUCUCAGAGGACAACAAGAAACACCUCUUGAGAUGGAACCCAGCUUACUUUUUGUUAUUUAUAUUUUUAUAAAAUGUGUGAUAAUUAGGGAUAAGAAUAACAAACUAUAAAUGGGUGCAUCUCACCAUUCACUAGAGGCAUUAGCUAAUCCAAGUAGAAGGUGCUACAAAUGUAAAGAGCAGGAAAGAAAGAACCCAUUUAUCUCCUUGACCUCCAGUUUCUUUUCCUAGAAUCCAGCUAACAUAUUUACCCAUGCACUCUGCCACUCUUCUCAUCUUUGUUACUGCAAAAUAACAUUAGGCCUCUCAUCUCAUUCGAGUUUCUGGAGAUGAACAGGGAUAUCCAGCCACUAAAACUCCAAAGUUCAUCAGAAACCAAGAAGCAUACAAGUCUGGUGAUGGUGGGAAUGUCCACUAAGAAACGUUUGCUGUUAGCAGUGUAACGACACUGAAACCUAAGCAAAAUUGUAAUGCAAGAGGACUUGAGUGAUGGGUGAAAGGAAAACGGAAGCCUUAAAAAGUUAGAUCUUCUGUAGUAAGAUGAGUAAAGAAAAAGUUAUACUCGCUCCUUUGGACCACUCAUUGCAUUUUUAACAGUUCUUUUACAUGUUAAUAUUUAUUUUAUAAACCUUCUCUCUUUCAUUUCAAGAGCUAUGCUACAUGUACUAUUUCAAACUCUCAAAUUGUAAUAACAAUUGAGUUUCCAGGGUAUCCUUGAGAACAAAAAAAUCUUGCUUGUUUAAAAUGCCAGUUGUGAUGUUGUAAACAAUUUAAGAAAUAUGAAUGUGAGUGGUAAGUAUAUAUAAGUUUAAAUGGUUAUGUUAAGGUAAAGGUGAACUGUGGUUUACAGUUGUAUUUUAUUUUAGAACUAUUUUUCUAUGCAGUAUCAUUUAUGGCAAGAAUAAGGUUCUUGCUUGCUUCAGACAUAGGAAAAAAAAAACCUGACUCAAGAGAUAAGUGAUUUCCAGCCAUGGAAUAUAAGGAAAAUAACAUAUUUUCAAGUCUCAUGUUGUCAGAAGAAAGACGUGGUAGCUACCACAGUCAAGAGGCUUUCAUUUAAAACAAAUUAGGACAAAAUUAUUCCACUUCACCUCCCUUCCAGAGCCAACCAAGCAAUCCAGCACUUAGAAGUCUUCAGGUGAAGACGCAAUAAAAUGAGUAACACGCAGCCCCCAAUACCAAGGUUUGAAUCCUACUGAACACAAGUUUGGGUAAAAAGAAGGAGAACCCAGUGAGACAGACAACCCCAGCUACCACAUUCCCUGUUUACCUGCUUUAACAAAUGCAAUGUAUUUAGCCAUAGGCAGAACAACUCUUUAUUCUACUCGAGCACUUUGGUUCUUCACCUGUUGAGCACUUUAAAUCCAAAUCCCACACACCCCGCAGCCUGAUGGAUGACUGAAAACAUGAAGUACCAUGGGUUAUGCAGAUCUGACAUAGCUUCAAAUCUGUUUUCUUUUGGUUGGUUGGUUGCUUUUUUCCUUCUCUUUUUCCUACAGUGUGUGGUAUUAAGCAUGAGUUCUGUCUUUGGACAGCUGAUAAAGCAUGCUUGGCUUCAGCGUAUGAAUCUUUAGAGAUGAAGUUUUGAGAAGUUUCUGUGAGAAGGCACCCCUGUAAAUUGAGCCUGGUAUCUGGAAUAUAUUUUACCAAAUAGCCUUAAACUAUAUUUGAAGCAAAAACCAAGACGAAUGUAUAUCCUUCAAGAAUGAAAAAAAAAAAAAAAAAAAAAGGAAAAAAAAGGAAAAAAAAAAAGAAUAAAAAAUAAUAAAUCCCUGAAAUAUUCUUCUAGAGAUGAAAGCAUUAUAUUUCCCAUCCUUUGUGUUUUCAAGGCAUUUUCUAUUAAGGAAAGAGCUGAAUUCUAGGCAGUGUACAAAAUUGAUGCUACUUCUUAUAUUUGUUGUACUAUUUUAAAUACAGAAGUGCAUACAGAGACUGGCAUCUUUAGUCUUGAAAACUGGUAUCUUAAAGUGGAGCUGCUAGUUAGAAUAUCCACACAAAACCAAAGCCAGUAUUUUUCCUAGAUUGAAGAAAUUUAAAAUAGAGACACUCACACCUGUACACAUACAGACAUAUGGCAGCUGAUAGAUUUUUUUCUAAUUUUAAGUACACUUCCAGGAGGAAUCACACUUCUUUUACUUGCUUAAAACCUCCUACCUGCAGCAACAGGUCAUGCGAUUAAGACAAGCUGUACCUGAUCCUGCCAGUAAUCAGACUUUAUGAAGAGAAAUUGCAAACCAUACCAAUUUGAGAUAAACAGAGAUCCCAGCUGGCCUAAUAAUUCUGACUUGGAGGAGUCUGUGUUCUGCAUUUCCCAUGCUGUUAUAAGAAAAUUCUCAGUAUGAGAUUAAUAAAUCUAUGAUUUCUGUUUGUUCCACCUUGUUCAAUCAAAACAAACAAACAAACAAACAAACAAACAAAAACAAUUGGAAAAAUCAAAACUAGGUGCCUACCAACAAAUCUGAUAAUGGCAUCUGUAUGCAUUACAUUUUGAAGUGCAAUAUAUUAAAUUAUUGUACAGGUAACAUUAUAUAUUUUAAGGCAAAUAAGCCAUUCCAAUUUACAUAUUGUACACCUGAUAAGUUUAGAAAAAUAACAUUAUGCUUAUCAUAUUUGUAUUGCAAAUAAAUCAGUCAGAUUACUUCAUUCUCUGACAUGAGAAACAUGAGAAACACAUGAGAAAACAUGUUUAUCUUAAUAAACAUAUAACUAGAUCAAUUGUAAACUGACCCCACAUCACAAAAAUAAAAUUCAGUUACAAAACUAAAGUAGGAGGAACAUAAAUAAACAGAAAGAUAGAAACUAGUAUGCUUUCUCCUUUGAGACUUCAUGGUAUAGACCCACUCAGAACAGCUGAAUAUAGCAAAAUAGUCUAGUGUUUAAUUAAAAAUUAAUUGGUCUUAUAUGUAUUUUAACACUUUAAAACUAUAGAAAGUUUCUGUUAAUUUAGUCAUUGCCUGUAAAACACAGGUAUGCUAAACAGAACUCAGCAAAUUUAAAUAAGAAAAAAAGACCUGAAUGGUAGAAUUGUUGAUAUUUGCCAUACCUAUUUUUGCUUUGUAUAUUUUUUUAGAUUUGAAAUUCUUUGUAAUUUGGUGAAGUACAUUAUGAAGUGUUUUAUUAUUUCAUGUCCAUUUGAUUAGAAUGGCCUUUGGCAGAAUGCAAAGAUGAACAACAUUGUACAGUUUAAUACCAAAUAAUUAUAUUUUAAUUCAUGCUUAAACCUUGACACUAUAUUAGAUUUGAGAUCAUUCAGGAAGGAAUUAAAGUGUGCACAGGAAAGUGUGGGAAUUUCAUAUAUAUAGAUAGAUGUAACAUAUAUUUCAUAUAAUGGAAAUUAUUUGUUUUAAAAUAAGCCCACGUCCUGCUGUAUCAGUAAAUUAGUACUUUACUUCCUCAGUACUGCAUUUAGUAUACAGUCAAAGAAUGUUUGGUCAUUGGGUGGUUUUGCAAGUAACUGCUACGUGAUGGAGUGUCACACGUGUCACCCUGCAGCCUCCUCGUGGCCUGUGGCAGCAGUGCCCUUGUGAGGUUCCUGCCCCCUGGCACCUCAGGCAGUGUCACCAGUUCUGUCCCAGGCCCUCUCCAUGUAGGACCCCCUGGCCCCUUGUCCAGAGCAGAGAGUGUCCACAACAGCUCAGCUCAGCCUUUUACAUUCAAAGUCUUGAGCCUGCCCUGCCCAGCCAGUGGGUUUGAUUCCUCCUCAGCAUUUCAGUGUUGGUACCAGUGGCAAGGGCACACUGGAGUCUGGCCCAUCAAGUGCUGGUUUGUGCAUGCAGAUUUGAGGUCUGAAGCUGGUUUGGCAGCUCCAGGUGUCAAGCUGUAUGCACUGAAAACCUGUGAAGCCAGACCCUCAGUGCAAGAGAGCUUUAAUGAAUCAUGAAGCAAUGUUACUCCCAUUACUGUUCCUAGAGCAUCUUAUGAUGCAGGGAUACCACCCACCAACUGUGCUCGAGGUAAGGAAUAUCAACAAACCCUUAAUGUCUGGAGAGGUGCUUCCUGGUGUUUGACAGGUUGACACCCACACUUAUACAGUGCCUUUCAUCCAGAAGGAUCUCCAAGCACUUUAUUAGCCAACACACAAACUCCAGGCUGGGCUGCAGCUGGGACAGGUAACCCAGCAUGGCAGGAUGCUGGGGGUUCUCCCACCAUCCCCGUGCUGCUGGGGAGUUUCCUUUCACAGCACCCUUCCAGCAUCUGGGACCUCACAGUCUGAGCCUGUGCUGAAGGAGAAGAAAAGACUCACUGAACAAAGAGGAAGACCUGAGCAAAGCAGAGAUGAGGGCAAUCAGUGCUCAUACCAUCCUCCAGGGAGUAGGCAGGGUGUGAUGAGCAUCAAAUUAACCUUCCAAAACAAUCUCUGCCUUUUCUGUUCCUGACAAUGGCAGUGAGGUCCCGGCAGUGGAGGAGUUCCCUGGGAGGGUGCCAGUGGAGACUCCUGGCUGGUGCCAAGCACAGGAGCUGAUGGCACCUGCAGCUGAGCCCUCUUGGUCAGGAAUCUUGGCAAGUCUCCCCUUCACAAGUGCAUUUUCCCUGCUUUCUAGCAGGAGAGAUCCAUCUGGGGUACUUGCUGCACAAGCAGCCUUCCCCAAGCGCCCUGUUCUCUCCCCAGGUCUGCCCUCCAUCCCAGUUAACAUGAGGGACGAUCUGGGACAAGGACUUGGGCAUGGUGAUUGAUGACUGUGCUUUGGUUUGGGCAGCUGCUCCUUCGUGGGACUAACCCUAACCCUAAGGGUUCUUUUAUGGCAGAGCACAUCUCUCUGCAUGGCCAGGAUCAGCAGACAAGAGGUCACCUUUUCAUACUGCACACAAUAGAAAGAGGAUACAUACAUGUAUCAAUAUAUAUGAUAAUGAUUUUUCACUGUCAGGGUUCCAGAGAACCAGACCCAGGAACCACAGUCAACACUCACAUUCCUGUAAAUUGUGCCACUUUCUUGCAGCUCAUCCUCAACACUGCUGGCUGCGGUAGCUUCACUGCCUACUGCAGCCCCUUUGCCCAUCAGCAACUAUUUGCUGUGCUCACCUCCAGGGACCAUCUUUCAGGAACAGAUGUUUUAUGGCAUACUCAUAUGCAUAUACAGAGUCCUAUCAGGAAGUAAGCCCUCUGUAUCCACAGAAAUUGCUUAAUUUAUCUCUGAAGUGCAGCUACCUCUAUGGCAUAAUGCUGUAGCUGUUUAACUACAUAAUAGGCUGUUCAGGACAGCAAGUAUAAAACCAAAAUUGAAAUGGAACAUUGCCCAAAAGAAAAUUUGGCCAGCAUAUGUGGGCUGAUUCAGCUUCUCUUAAUGAAAUAAAAUUCCAAUAGCUGAAAGAGGCCAUGGCAUUCAUUACUGAAUGUCUUUUCCAACAUAAACAAUUCUAUGAUUCUGUAUCUAAAAACAGCAUUCCAGAACUUUUCUCAUUAAAUGCAUAUCAUAUUCAUAAAAGAUGACGGCAGAAGAAGACUGCACGUUCACUGAUCCACCUUUCCACACCCAGAUUUUGUCUCAUACCCUUCAUGGCCAGAAGAGAACUGGGCUUCUGAAGUUGGAUCGUACUUAAGGUAAAUUAGUCUGUCUACACGGCUUGCUCUUUAACUGAGCAAACACAGAACAGUUUUCAUCGGCUGGCAAUUUAAUUCUAUAUUUUAUUAAGGCCAAAUUGUUAUUUUUCUAAAUUGGUUUUGUUGGACAGGAUUUUUUACUUCUCUAGGUACAAGACCAUGGAUAGUUUCACCUAAGCAUAAAUGAGGAGGAGGCUUAUUUGAAUAUAUAGUCAUUAUUUACAAACACAGCCCAUCAGUGAGGAAUUUUCUUCUUACCUUGCCACUCUUUCAUUCAAGACACUAUUUCCCAUUCCUAAAGCUUCACUGUCAUACAAGUUUCUUAUUUUUGGGAUGGAUUAUUGCAGAGCACUGGGCUGAGUUCUGACCCCAGUUGCGUUAGAAUCAAUGCUCAGAAACUGAAACCAGAAAGAAAUAUCAGAUCUGAAUGAAUAUAAUUCAGAUCAAUAUCUGACUCAGCAAGUCUGAGGUAGGAAGGACUCCUUGUUCAAGAUAGCAAGUGUGCCAUUGCUUUGUAGGAGCUCAUUUUUCCUUUCAGGUAGGUCAGAAUCAUGCAGAGGGCUCGGUAGUAGGUUUGAGUCUCUGAAAAGAGUCCUCACAAAGAAAUGCCAGCUUUGUUUAUAAUUACCAUGGAAUCCACAUGUUCAUAUCCAUGCCUUGAUUUACGCUUUGGAGGUUUAAUAGAAUGGCCAUCUCAUUUUAAAAGGGCUCAGCAUGUAUGUAUUUAGUUCAGUUUAUACAUUCAUUUCCUGACUGAAGUAAAAUUCCUUUUCAAGUAGCCUGGCUUACAUGCUCUAAAACUGUUCUUUCCUGAAGAAAAGCCACUAUGGCUGUGCAGGAUUUUCUGUACAGAGACAAAACUCAUACUUUCAUUUACCAUGGACAUGCCAAAAUACUCAAGUGUGGCCUAAGGACUAAAUUAAAUGCCUCCUAUAGAACUUCAAGGAAUGUUAGAACCAGGAAACUAGCUGUUUAGUUAUCAUUAAAAGUAUAUAUAAAUAUAUAUAAAUAUAUAUAUACAUAAGAAAUCAUAUCAACAAUGAGGAUGAACUGAGUGCCAAAUAUUCACCAUCUGUAUAAAGCUACACUUCACUAGAAUUAAACUAUUUUAUGUAAUUCUUUCUCAUGCUUUUAUGGUUCUUUUGAUAAAUUCUAUUUAGUAGCAUGCAGGAUACCUAAAUUGAAUGUACAGUAUGUUGUUUCAUUGCUACAAUAAUUUAUUGCUUCUCAGUAAUAUCUUCUUUACCAGAAUGUUAUUUGUUACUUUGAAGACAUAUUUGAAAAUUGUUUUAUUAUUGAGUUGUUCUUUUUUUCAUGGUUCUCUACUCACCUCCAGCUGAUUGUAAGAAAAUGUGCUUCACUAUUUUGCCCCAUGGCUCUUUUAUGAAGCUGCCUCUUUCAAUUGGUUUAUGUAUUGUUUAUGUUCAUCUCCUGUAAAUAAUUCUGCAAUUAAAUUUUUUGAGAAAAAAUAGAGUACACUCUUUAUUACAUUUUAAAUUUUACAUUAGUUAAAAUUUGACAUUUCCAGCUAGGAAAUUUGUAGACAACACUAAACUAUUACUUUAGACUUAUAGCCUUUGGAAUGUUAGGAAAUAAAUUAUGAAAUUACUUUUGAUAGGAUUUUAGGUGAAAUCAAAGGAAGACAUAUAAAAUCUGAUGGAAAACAGCAAAUAAUGGAAUAAGCUAUGCCAUUCCAUCAAUGUGUUUUGAUUUAUAGUCAUUAAUACUAUAGGUAUAGAAUGUCAUCCACUGAUUUUGAGUGAGAACAUUGUGUAUCAUUUAAAGAAAAAAUACUAGUCUCUUUUGCUUAUAAAUAAAAACCAAAACUGAAUUUCUUGUAAGCAGUCAUUGGUGACCAGAGGUAACUGAAUGGAUUUGUUUUGACAAAGUGAAUUCUGAAGCAUAUAAGUGUGUUUUUACUGUUUGCAACAGGAUAACCAAAAAGAGCUUCCAGCCUUCUUUGUGGUUUUCAUCUCCUUUCAGGGCAGAUAAGUCUCCUUCUGGGAAUGGAUUUAGCAACAAUACUUUGCCACAUUUCUUGAUUAGACAAAAGCCAUGGUAGGUAUGAAACAAAGAUUAGUCUAAACAAAGUAGGUAUCAGAAAUAAUAUGAAAAAUAUAAAUUUAUUUGGCAUAGAAAAUGCCUAGUUGCUUGAAUCAUUAGAUUUUUAUUGCUCAUGUAUUAUAUAUACUAUUGAAAUGCUUAGGAGCUCUAGCUGCAGACCACUUGUACAUUUGAACAUCGUACACCGAAGAUUUUCCCUUACCACGAAGAGUUUACAGCCCAGUCAUUAGACAAGAAAUAACAGAUCAGCAGACACGGGAGAGAAACUGAUGGGAAAAAGUGAGAUGCUAUUAAUUAAAAUGAAUAGCAGUUUCCCAGCAUCCCAUCAGUUGACAUUUGUUUUGCAACCAUCAGAAAAAGAGGGGAUAAUGAAGUGGAAGAUACCCUCAGGGAUGUCUUCCCAAAAGGGGAUUGAGUUCAAGAAAGACGUUUGUUUGAAAAUUUAACACAGAGAUGAUGAAUUUUGGCAUCCUGAGCCACUUGGAGGUGGAAGAUGACAUCUCCUGAUUUAAUGACUGGUGUUAGGUACACCAUGGACGGGUGGUGAAAUGUCUUGACAGUAAGACCAAUAAAAUUCAACAUUCAGUACUCUGAUGGCUCAUUGCUUCUAUGAAGGAAUUUCCAUUUCUGGUAUCUGUUGUGGAAGGGUCAAAAUUUUACAGCUGUGUGUCAGCAGUUUUAACGAGAAUGAAAUUUAGGGAGAGGUCAUCAGAGCAGCUUAGUGGUUGUUUUAGACUAUAUCCUAACACUGGAUUUUAUAACAUGGAGCAUCACUUACAGCAGUUAUGUGCUAUUAUAUCAGAACUAAGGCUUUGAUCACUUCUACCGAAAUUCCAGUAACCUCUUAGCUUCUCUUAUCUUUCAUGAGUUCCCUAAAAUAGGCUGAUCCUUCCUGCAAUCUGGAAAGGAUCUCAGGACUAACAAGCAAGCUGUUUCUUGUACAACAGCUUCACAGAUGGUUGAAUGUCAGCCUCAGUACUAUAGGCAUAACCACAUAAAUGAGGACAGGCAUCGCUGAUGAACUAGUAAGGUCAAGUAAAGCUGGGGCAUAGAUGUGACAUAUUUUAUUUCAAUUGCUGAACCAAAUAAUCAGGUGCAGAGAACAUGCUCAGGAAUUAACAUAUUUAUUCCAGUUGAACUGCACUGACAGUGGGUUUGUGGAAUGCUGCUAUUGUUUUAACUGUAGGAGCACAGCUGAAGUGUGAAAAUUUUGAAAUGCAGAAAAGUACCUUACAUAACCUAUUGCAGCCCUAAUACAAUUGCUGCACAAAUUUUGCUGUGUCGUUUUAAACAAGCAAUUUAUAAGCAGCUAGAGGAUAACACAGUGAUAAAAACUAGGCAACGCUGGUUUGCCAACAUCCUAUCACAUCAGCCAAUUUAAUUUUCCUCUUUAACAAGAAUGGCCUAAGGAAUUAGGUAUAAAGAGUAGGCUAUGAUAGAUCUUUAUUUCAUUGAGGUUUUUGAUUCAGUUCCAGUGUACCAUUUUCAUAUAAAACUAGGAAAAUAUUCUCGAAAUGAUUUUUUUCUAAAAUCAAAACUGAUGCAUCUAAAAAUAGUAUUUUAAAUAUGCAUAUAUGUUUGACCUUUUGUGAAAUUGAAAGGCCUUUUGAAGUGUGAGAAGGAGAAAAAUCUAACCUGCUCUCAGUACAUUCAGCAAUUUCAUUGACAACUUUGAUGAUUUACUGAAAAAAUCAUCAUUGACAUGGGAGUAUUAUAUUCAUUGACCUGGGAAUAGUUAGAGGUUCUGCAGAGGAUAUGAUCAAAAUUCACAGUGAGCCCAAGAAAAUAGGUAUGAUUUCUAAAUGCUGUGUGAUGUCAUGCAUUGAAAAAAAAAACCAAAAAAUGCUGUAAUGAAUGCUGUAGUAAAUGUUGUGUUCAGAUGUGACAGAAUAUUCUUUCGUGAAAGAGCAGAGCAAAGAAAAUGUGAUCACAAGCUAAAGGAAAGUCAGCCUGAUGCUCAAUCAACACAAGCUAAAUCACAUGCUUUCAAGAAAAGAGGAAAUCUAAUAGUGAAUGUAUUAGCAUAUCAUUAAAUUAGUGUGGCUUAACAAAUUAUUGUGCUGUGUAAUCAUCCAUGUAUACACAACCUUAUAUUGCAGCACACACGUCAUUGGACUUGACAUUGCAAGCCAAGCUAAAACCAAUUACCCAUAGAAAGAAGAACUCUUCAGAUCAAUAAAAAACAAACCUGUGUAUCUGAGACACAGCUCAUCCUCCCCCAUCCAGGCUGCUCAGUAGAAAUCUCCAUGGGCACUGCAUUUUGCUCUAUGUCAAAUGUCUAAGGACUUCUAACAGACUUGGGUGGAGAUGGUGUUUGUCCUAAGUAUGAACCCCAGAAUGUCUGGGAUCCAGGACAGGAGCUUUUCCUGUGCUUUUCUGCACGUGUUUAGGAACCAGACUGUCAUAUUUGGGCAAUGGUGUGAUACAGACUCUUUGAACCUUGCUAUCUUCAACUUAGCCACUUCCACCCACAUUCUGUCUGAGAUGGCAGAAAUUACCCUCUGAAUCUCAAGUAAACACUCAAAUACAAAAUGUUAACAAGAGAUAGGCAGAAACAUUUUUUUAAUGCCUUAAAGUGAGACUGACUGGCUGAGUACUCAGUGAUGCCACUGAGAGAAUGGCAAGUCAGAUGCUGGGGAUGUAGGGGCAUUUUCUGUGUGCUACAAAGGUUCUUGUUCCACUUUGUUCAAUACUGUAGAGUUUUGGUUAGAGUAUUAAAUCCUGUUUUGGAGGAAUUGAGAAGCAAUGAAGAAAAUUUGAAAGAAAGCAACAGGGAUUACAAAAUACUUAGAAAACCUGACAUAAGUGAACAGAGUUUUGAUUCAGAAUCUGAAUCAAAAAAAGACUGAUUUGUUUCAAUCAACUGAGUUGUUUAUAAGCUAUUAAUGAAAUUGCUUUCCCAUUCCCUGGCAGGAGGUUAUUAGCAUCAUUAGCAGAAAGGUCUAGGUUUCGUUUCUUUGGAUAAGGGUAGUGAAUCCCCAUUUAACUAUUUAACCCAAGGACAAGGUAGCAAACAUAUCCUAUGCUGCUUUGUAGCUGUGAUCCACAUGUCAUAACUCCCUGAAGAGCCACAGGAACCAGCAUCCUGGCUGCAUACAUGCUCUGAAAGAGAUGCGCCUAAACCACUGGUACCCUCAUCUCACUUGAGAGAUGAUCCUAUUUAUAAGCAACUGAUCAUUUAAAGGUGUGAAAGAGGCACUAGCCUGGCAAAGCUGCUGGUGCUGCUCCUCAGCUCUUCCCAGAAGGAGAAGCUGACCAGGAAGGUGGAUACAAGAGGCUAGUGCCUCUGCUAGCCUCAGCCCUUGGUGAGGUGAGUGCUCCAGGUCUCCACUUCUGUGUGUUGUGAGGUUAUCAGCUCACAAAGGAACAAAGAUGGGCUGUUCUUGAGUAAAACACCUUGAUACUAAAUAAGGGAAUUGCAGAAAAUUGAUGAUAGCAGCUGAGUCAGCAGUGCAAUUUUCUCAGUAUGAGGUUCAUAUCCCUUUUUAUUAGCAGAAGGCACUAGGCUGCUGGAGGUGUUGCAAUUAAGAAAAAUAUCUAAAGAAAAUUUCUGCUCCACAAGAGGAGUAACAUCACCUCAGCCUUCACACCCCAACAGAAGCCCAGAUCCUGACCAGGAGUAAACAUUAUUAACCUACAUAGCCAGAAUCUCUUAAAAAGUCUUUGUGGUUUGUGUGUGGCUCAUGCAUCCUUUGUGACCCACACUAACUCACCUGCAUAGGUGAGAGCUAUCUAAAACAUGGAGGAGUAUGCUUUCAGAAGGGCUCUGCACCUGUCAUUGUCAUCCUUGGCUUCCUCCUUGCAACUGAGCAGAGCUUGGCACUAAAAUAUUUGAGGAGGACAGGGCUUAGGUCAAUGGAAUGGAAAAUAA